AAGAUACUAGUUUAAAUACAAAUCUUGAUAAUAAUCUUGAUGUAGACUUUGAUUCUCAUGAUCUCAACAAUAGUUUUGGCAAUAAUGAUAAUGAAACAUUUAAAAUGAAUCUAGUUGAUGAUAAUUCAAUUACAAUAAAAUUGGAUAUUGAGCAAUAUAUUAAUGCUUACGCAAUAAAAUAUAAUUUCGCUACUAGACUAUAUCAUACAGAAAAACAUUUGGGUUUUCUUACUAGAGCAGAAAUUGUUUGUCAUCAUGCUGGAGCUCCAAGUAACAAAAGUACUGGAUUGAGAAAAACCAAAAGUGUUGCUAUUAGCUAUUCAUGGAAGGUAGUCAUUCACUGGGCAAAAGUUGAAUAUCAUGUAAAGAGCGUUGAACUUAAACACAACCAUUCUUUGGAUAUAGCUAUAGUUAUGUUUGAUUCUGAUCACUGUAAAUUAAGUAAUAGUAAAAAACAAAAUCUUAUUAAAAACCUAAACAGUAAGCUUAAAGACAAGUUUAUUCCAUUUAUCAAAGAUUUUAAAAUAUUAAUAUUUGAAUCUGUUAAAAUACAAUUUGAUAUUUUAUGGGAUCAGUUGUUAGUUGAAUAUCUGGAAGCAAGCAGUUACAUGAUAGAACAAUCAAAAUCUAGCAAUGCAUAUUUAAAACAUCUAUUGGGUCAUACAGUACCUUUACCCAAAUUAAUCAUUGCACUAGAGAAGUUAAGUCAUUACCAACUACAACAUUCUCAAUAUCAACAAUAUCGUUUACAUGGGAGUAUUCAUUUACAAUAUUCUAAAUUAUUACAAAAUGUUUCAAGAGUUGUCUCAGACUUUGUAUAUUCUUCAUUAUUGGAGCAAUAUAAUUUGGCUGUCUCUUAUGAUAUUAUUACACCAGCAAGAUUUAAUAUUGAUGCUGAUAUGUCUCAGUUUGAAGAACAUAAUUCUACAGAAUCUAUGGAAUCUACAACUGAAUUCUCAUCUUCCACCAGUAAUGAAGAACAUAAUUCUACAGAAUCUAUAGAAUCUACAACUGAAUUCUCAUCUUCUGCCAGUAAUAGAUUGUUAGCUAAUUUUUCAAAUGUUAAUCAUAGUAUUUAUGAUAUAUUCAUCAAUCAACAAAUAGCUACUAGAAGCACUGAGGAUUUAUUUAAAGAUAUUGGAUCAAUCUUUAAUAAAGUAGAACAUGUUAAAAUUAAUAAUACUUUAGUACAUUUUGUAGAAUAUUUAAAUCAUAAAUUUCCUUUAUUGCAAGAAGACAUUGAAGAUCCUAUGAAUGUGAAGACAAAGAGAAGACCAAGUAGCACUAAGCAUAAACAACCAGGUGCUGAGCAUGCUACUAAAAAAAUAUACAUGUGCAGUAUUUGUAAUAGCGCUAGACACAACUCUCGAAACUAUCCAAGCAAAUAG